AUGGAUCAGGCUAGAGUGAUUGAAACCGCUGCUGGGGGAAGUUUGGGUGCUCUCAUUAGAAAGCUUGCCUCCUUGACACUCGAUCAGGUGUCCCAGUUGAGGGGGAUCUCCGUCAAUAUCGAGUGGUUGAAAGAGGAGCUGCAGAUUCUCCAUGCCGUCCUCCUCGAUCUGUCGAACGAGGAGGAUCCUACUCACCAACAGAAGCUGUGGAAGAAUAAGAUCAGAGAGCUUGCCUACGACAUUGAGGAUGCCAUCGACAAAUUCGUUCUCACAUCAAAAAAUGAGCAUGCACGCAGUCUCCAGGAAGCCCAGGACUCAAACUACGCUGAUCGCAUCAUUGCAACCAUUCGAAGCUGCACCGACCGCAUCAAAAGCUUGCCAUCUGAUUACCAAAUUGCAACAGAGAUCCAGGGCCUAAAGUAUCGCAUUGCUGCAGCAGAAGACCGGCACAAGAGUUUGAAGACAGUAGAUAAUAGUGAUGGCUCCAGCUAUGAUUCCAUUGCUAUCCGGGACAUUGCUCCAUACAUGGAUGCGACUGGCCUAGUGGGCAUUGAAGCACCAAGUGGACACAUUAUCCACAUGCUUACGGAAGGGGAUAACUCCUCAGCACAUCGACGCAAGGUGGUGUCUAUUGUUGGAUUUGGAGGCCUAGGAAAGACAACUCUUGCCAAACAGGUUUUUGACAGGAUUCCUGGUGAAUUUGAUUGCAAGGCGUUCGUGCCUGUUUCACGAAAACCCGAUAUCAACAAGGUUCUAAGAGAUAUACUGUUAGACUUCGGAUCAGGUGACAAGUUAGACGAGCUGAGACAAUUUGAUCGGCGACAACUCAUGGACAAGCUCAGGGGAUACAUCAGAAAAAAGAGGUACUUGGUCGUUGUUGAUGAUAUAUGGGACAAAGAUGCAUGGAGAAUUCUCAAAGGUGCAUUAUUUGAUAAUAAUUUUGGCAGUAGAAUAAUUGUCACAACACGCAAGAAUGAUGUCGCUGAAGAAUGUUGUUCUUGUACCAGCGACCAUGUCUACAGAAUAAAGCCUCUUAAUAAUGAUAAUUCUGAACGGUUAUUUAUAGAUAAGGUCUUUGGCCGCAAAAGAUGCCCACCUUAUCUGAAAGAUGCAUGUGAUAGAAUCUUGAAAAAAUGUGCUGGUUCUCCAUUAGCAAUCCUGACGAUGUCUGGUUUGUUGGCUAAUAAGGUGACCGUCUCGCAAUGGGAAGAGGUGCUACGUUCUCUAAGUUAUGCAGUUCCAGAUAACUCUGAUGUUGAAGCAAUGAGAAGGAUAUUGUCUUUUAGCUACUUUGAUCUUCCUCAGCAUCUAAGAACAUGCCUAUUAUACUUGAGCAUAUUUCCUGAAGAUAGAGUGAUCAAAAGGAAGCGCUUAGUAAAUAGAUGGAUUGCUGAAGGGUUCAUUCAAAUUGAAGAUGGGAAAAGUAAAACUAAAAUUGGAGAGCGUUAUUUUAAUGAGCUCAUCAGUAGAAGCUUGAUCCAACCGUUGGACAUCAAGUAUGACGGCCAGGCACGGGCUUGUCGAGUUCAUGACACCAUUUUGGAUUUUAUUGUAUCCAAAUCCCUUGAAGAGAACUUCAUUACAUUUCUCGGUGCUCAAGAGGGGAGAUCACACAACACGGUUCGUCGCAUAUCUAUCCAUAAUAUUCAAGAUGUCACAGGAGAACUGGCAGAACAUGAUGUAACUCGUGUCCGAUCACUUACUAUCUUUGGAAACAUUAAUCAAAUGCCACGUUCUCUUUUGAGAUUUUCUAGUUUGCGAGUUUUAGAUUUGAAAGACUAUCUUCCACCCAAAAUGCUUCAGGAUAAGUGGAUUUUCAAGGAUCAAGAGCAUGCUAUUGCUAUAGAUGUAGCGGGGCUUUUUCACCUGAAGUACUUGGAUCUAAGUGGACCUUUUAGAGGCAUGAUGUCAAUAAAGAUUCACACAGAUAGGCUUCUAGCAGGGAUUGGAAACCUGCAAUAUCUAGAAACACUUGAUCUAAGAAACACCCCGCUAAGUGAAUUACCGAAUGAUAUUUACAAACUUCAACAGUUAGUGCGUCUAUACAUCGGUAAAUCUUUAAGACUGCCUGCUCGAAUUGGACAAAUGAAGCAGUUGGAAGAGCUGAAAGUAAUCAGUAUUGAUGGACGUUCUUCACUGGAAUUCUUGCAGGAACUAGGUCAGCUAUCAAAUAUGGGGUCAAUUGUCAUUCAUAUAAAGAAAAGUCAAACCAACCUUGAACAGGAAUCAAUCUUAAUAUCUUCGCUUUAUAAAAUAGGCAUGUGCAGUCUUCAUUCUCUUACUAUUGAUUUGAGUGAUGACAACUUUGAUGAUCCUUUUUCUCUAGAGGACUCGGAUGGUCAUUCUUGGCAAGCAGCUCUACAAAGUCUGAGGAAAUUCAACAUUAAGUGGGGCUACAUCACUAAGGUACCGGAAUGGAUGGGGUCACUAAGAAACCUUGAGAAAUUACAGUUGGGGAUUAAUGAAAUGGAACAGGAAGAUCUGGAUAUCCUUGGAGACUUGCACAGCCUACUCUACCUCUUCCUGGAAGUAGUACACAAACCUAAAGAAAGGUUUACCUUCAGGGGCAGCAAAGGAUUUCCUUGUCUAAAGUAUUUGCACACAGAAUGUACUAGUGGUAUGAUGCUGAGGUUUGAAGCUGGAUCGAUGCCGAGUCUUGAACACCUGCAAUUUGACAUACGUACAUAUAACAAUACCACAUCUGAUGGUUAUAAUUUUGGCAUUGAGCACCUCUACUCACUGACAACAGUUGAUGUCACAAUUCGCUACAUGAAGCGACAUGAGGAUGGCCUGGCAAAGGCUGCUGAGACCACCAUCAGGAAUGCAGUCGAUAAGCUUCCUAACAACCCUACACUCAGAAUUGAGAUUAAACCACUUCUGCUGCGACAUCGAUGAUUAAUAAUUAUGAGUGUAGGUCAUGCUUUUCUCUAGGUAAUAAUACUUCCAUUCCCAAAACAAAAUGAACAAAAUAUGUGCAUGUACCAUGUUGUGAUCGUGACCUCUGAGUUCCAUUUCACAGCAAUAUCUCUAUCUUAUAUACCAGCAUAAAUAAUUUACCUUACACACUCGAAAUUUACAUAUAGGGCAUGUUUGGUUGCUCCCUUGGCCGGAGCUGCCUGGCCAGGCAGCAGCUCCAGAUGUUCGAUUUCAGACGCCUAUGGCUGGAUGCACUGCCUGGCGCUGGAGCUGCCUGCUAGGGCCCAACCAAACACGGCCAUAGUGUGUGCAGUAUCAUUUUUAUUGCCAAACUAGAAUUGUCAUAUUUAGUUGUAAUAAUUCCCGCUAAUGCAAUCUUGACGUCUUUAUGAUGCAUGCAAAAUAAAUUUUAUU